CUUCGUUCAGGAUUCACGGUCGCAAGCGUGUCAAAAAUUUCUCAACCACUCUAAUUACUCCUUUCGUCGGAAAUCGACAUCCCCCGGCAUAAGAGAAUUCUGAAAUCGCGAAAACAGAGUGUCUGUGAAAAUGAAUUAACUUGAGAUCGGGAAAAAUUGCUCGAAUCACCUAAGAAAAAUCCACCAUGUGGACCAUAAUUUUGGCACUGUCGGCCGUGGCUCUCGCUGCCUACUACCUCUCGGGAUUCGGCAAUCCGUUUAAAAAACACGGAAUUCCGUACAGAAAAUCGUUGCCUAUCGUGGGCUGUUCAUGGGACUUGUUCUAUCAGCGCGAAACUGUCGCGGACAUAAUGCAAUACAACUACAAUCUGCACAAAGACGCGAAGUACGUGGUUUACUACGAGUUCAUGCAACCUGUAUUCGUGAUCCGCGACAUCGAACUGAUCAAAUCGAUCACCGUGAAGAAUUUCGAGCAUUUCGUCAACCAUCAAACCUUGAUCACCGGUGAUUCCGACCUGCUAUUCUCCAAAAAUCUGUUUAUCCUGAAAGACGACGAGUGGAGAAACCUGAGAAACGCCGCCAGUCCGACGUUCACCACCAGCAAAAUAAAAUCCAUGUUCGUUCUGAUGAACGACUGUGCCAAACGAUACGGAGAGCUUCUGUCGAAAUUACCGGACGACAAGAAGGUUCUCGAAUUGAAGGACGUGUUCACGAGAUGCACCAACGACAUAAUCGCGAGUUGCACCUUCGGCAUCAACGUAGACUCGAUGACCGAUCGCGAGAACAAAUUCUACGUUUACGGUAGACAAGCGACGAAUUUCGGUAGAACUAACAUAAUCAAAUUCUUCAUGGCUAGACACUUCCCUUUCCUGUACAAAUUAUUCCGUAUCAAGAUUGUCGACCCGAAGAUCGAGAAGUUCUUCAUGGACGUGGUGACCGAGAAUAUCAAAACGAGGGUGGAGAAAGGUAUCAGUCGACCGGACAUGAUUCAACUGCUGAUGGAAACGAAAGGUAAAGAGCUGACCGUCGAGGACAUAAUCAGCCAAGUUUUCAUCUUCUACGUCGGAGGUCUGGAGAACGUGUCGACGAUGAUGUGCUUCGCAGCUCACGAAGUUGGGAUAAAUCCGAAGAUUCAGAAGAAGCUGCAAGACGAGAUCGACGAUGCUUUGGCGAAGAACGACGGUGAAAUCACGUACGAAGCCAUGAACGGUAUGAAAUACUUGGAUGCUGUGGUGAACGAGACUCUGAGGCACUAUCCGAUAGCCGCUGUCACGGAUAGAAAAUGCACGAAACGGUUCGAAUUGCCGCCAGCUUUGCCUGGUUUGAAACCAUUCGUGGUCGAGGAGGGAAGUUACAUCCAGAUACCGAUCUACGGUCUUCAGCAUGAUUCGCAAUACUUCGAGAACCCGGACACGUUCGAUCCGGAACGAUUCAUGGACAAAUCGAAGAAGUUCAAUUCUGGCGCUUAUUUGCCGUUUGGACUGGGACCAAGGGUAUGCAUCGGGAACAGAUUCGCGCUUUUGAAGACGAAGGUUCUUCUGUUCCAUCUUUUCGCUAAAUGCACGUUGAAACCUUGCGAGAAGACGCGUAUACCUCUGCAGUUGACCAGAUCGGCGUCUGCCAUGAUAGCAGAGGACGGAUACUGGUUUCAAAUUGAACCGAGACGCGAGAUAUGUCCUGUGCACGUUCAUUCUGACAGCGGUAGCAAAGUUUAUUGAAUAACGAGUUCCUCGGUCGGUUCUUUACAUUUAGGGUGUGACAUGAAUAUUUUCUUUGUAUCUAUGUUGCUUGCGGCCCUAGCACCAUCGAAUUGUUAAUGCUUCGAUUGUAAUUUUCAUUUUAUGCUUUAACUGUGUUUUUGCAAUAAAAAUUCAUCAAUUCAUUGGUACGUUGUGCUGUCCUGAAUAAUUAACU